CUACAAAGCCAACUACGAUAAUUGCAACGUUGUCAACAACAAACUCGAGCUCUAGUUUGAAUAAAACCUGUAGCUUUCUUCUGCUCUCAAGUCUCGAAGUCCCUCCCUCCAGGCUCGAGCCCUCAUCUCUUUUCAUUUCCUGGGAUCUUUUUAUAAGAUCUGCAACUUGGGUUUUGAAGUCCCAGAGCCUCUACGAAAAGCAAAGCUCUUAACUUUCAGCUUCAACAUUCUUCACAAAACUCAGCCCCUGCACUUUACUUUCAUUUCUAGGGCUCUUAUAAGAUCUUCUUCGCCAUUCUUGCGCAUGGACUAUGAUAUCUCCGACAGCAGCGGAUAAAUAUACUUCGCAAUCAAUAGCUUUAGAAGACCUAACUGCAUAUGAUGCAAAGUUUCAUCUAGAUGCUCCAUGGCAUUAGUUGUGGUUAUAUAAUAAUACUUAUCCUUUCUUCCAAGAAUUCCAAGAGGGGCUCACAUCACGGCAAAAGAAAGAUCUGCAGUAGGUUCUAUCUCAUUUUCUAGGAUGUAUACAGACAUGGAGGCCCAAAUUCAUCACCUAGAGCAAGAAGCAUACUGUGCAGUCCUGCGUGCUUUUAAAGCUCAGUCUGAUGCAAUUACUUGGGAGAAGGAAAGCUUGAUUACCGAACUUAGGAAAGAGCUGAGAGUAUCAGAUGACGAACACAGAGAACUUCUGACCAAGGUUAAUUCUGAUGACAUCAUCAGUAAGAUAAGAGAGUGGAGAAAGGGAGGCGGGCAUCAAGCUUCUAGGCUUAGUGCAUCUCAGCCUGUCUAUGAUCUAUUACCCAGUCCUACUGUUUCUGCAUCGCGAAAGAAACAGAAAACAUCUCAAUCGCAUGGUCAGCCAUUCCCUGGUUUAUCCUCAAUGAAGUCCAUGCAGUACCCGUCGACAGGACCUACUUUGAGUAGACAAUUAACUGGCCGCAGCUCUUCUGGUCCCCUUGUUGGAAAUGAACCUGUUGAAGCAGUAACAUUUGAUUCAUUAAUCGGAAGGAAAGUAUGGACCAGAUGGCCUGAAGACAACAGCUUCUAUGAGGCCGUUAUCACUGAAUACAACCGCACUGAGGGUCGACAUGCAUUGGUCUAUGAUAUAAAUACAGCAAACGAGACAUGGGAAUGGGUUGAUCUCAAGGAGAUCUCUCGUGAGGAUAUCCGUUGGGAAGGUGAGGAUCCGGGCCUAUCUCAUCGAGGGGGCCAUGGCGGUGGGCAAGGAGGACGCAGGGUUAAGAAAUCUUUGAACCAUGGCGGUGUUACUCCAGGUGCUGGAAGAGGACGAGGACCCAUAAAGCCCCAAUCAAAAAAAGAAAUUCAUCCGUCACAAAAUGGUGUAGGGAAGAAGAUGCCAGAUGAUCUGGAAUUAUUAAAUACUGAUACUCUGGUAAAGGAGGUGGAGAGAGUUUUCAAUGCAAAUCAUCCAGAUCCUUUUGAGCUUGAAAAAGCAAGGAAAAUGCUGAAAGAUCACGAACAGGCCCUUGUUGAUGCCAUCGCAAGGCUUGCAUAUGCGUCAGAUGGCGAAAGUGCAGAUGGAGAGCAUACGUUUCUGCAUGGUCGAUCAAUGGAUGGAUAACGACGGAAAAGCAGGCACUGUGGUUGAGGCAACGAUGGUCUCUGGAUAGUAGCUUCAAAGCUGGCAGUCAAAUGAAAGGAAAGGUUGAGUUGGAAAGAACGACAACCACAAAAGUGGUGAUGAUGUUGAUGGCCUAGUUUUUUUCACUUUAUCAAAUUCUUGGAUUUUCAUCUGGGUUCGUUUGAGAAAUCUCAAUUGCCUUUGAUGAUCACAUGCCUGACUUUAGACACAUCCACUUGUAAAAACACCUCGAUUUAGUGUUUUAGAUUUGCCAAGAAGUUGUGUAGAAGAGAUUGUUUCUUUCAUCAAUCGUAGUUUCCACCUGAGUGA